UGCAGUCAGUUCGUAAAGUGACAUUCGAGAGUACGGUCGCGCCUCUCUCGUAGAAAAAAACGCAAAACAAAGGGGGGAAAAUACAGUUUUUGACGCAAAAGUUUCGUUUUGUUAUUUAAUUUAUUUUUCGUUGAGAGAUGCCCGUUAUUAGGGUGGAUUAGAAAGUAUAGCGUUCGCAAAAAAACGAAAGUUACAUAAAUAAAAAUAGAAGCUAGGAUGAAAGUCACAGAGAAGUCGGACGAAAUGGCGACUGAGAAUCUUCUGUUGAAAAGCAGGAGUUCGACCGGAGGAGAUGUCAAGGUGCAGAUCGUUCCUGCCCAACCUAGGACACUCACUCAUCUCCCGAAGAGGCCCAAAGUUGAUCUGGCCUUCCGUGACCUGACCUACACCGUGCGACAGGGCAAGAAUGACAAGGUGAUCUUGAAAUCGGUCAGCGGACACCUGAGAUCCGGAGAAUUGACUGCCAUCAUGGGUCCAUCCGGAGCCGGAAAAUCCACCCUGCUCAACAUCCUCACUGGAUACAAAACUGAAGGAUUGAAAGGAACGAUCCUUAUGAACGACAGUGAGAGAGAGUUGAACAGGUUCAAGAAGUUGUCCGCUUACAUUAUGCAAGACAAUCAGCUUCACGGUAAUCUGACGGUGAACGAGGCGAUGGACGUGGCUGCAAAGCUGAAAAUCGGCGAGAAGAACCCGAAGGAAAGGGAGGAGAUCAUCGACGAGAUAUUGGACACGCUCGGCCUCUCCGAACACAGGAGGACGAUGACCAGCGGACUGUCGGGUGGACAGAAGAAGCGUUUAUCUAUAGCCUUGGAGCUGGUCAGCAAUCCGCCGGUGAUGUUCUUCGACGAACCUACGAGCGGUCUGGACAGUUCCAGCUGUUACCAGUGCAUUUCCCUGCUGAAGACGUUGGCGCAGGGCGGACGCACCAUCAUCUGCACCAUCCAUCAACCUUCAGCAAGACUGUUCGAGAUGUUCGAUCAGCUGUACACACUUUCGGAUGGUCAGUGCGUUUACCAGGGCAGCACCAAGCAGUUGGUGCCGUUCCUCGGCAACGUCGGUCUGCAGUGUCCCUCGUACCAUAACCCGGCCUCCUUCAUCAUCGAGGUGGCGUGCGGCGAGUACGGAGACAACACCAAGAAGCUGGUGAACGCCAUCGACAACGGCAAGAACGACAUCCGCGAAGGGAACUACCAGGAUCAGAUCGGAUUCAAGCAGGACGUCCUCAACAACGGAUCCGUCUUGCACGGUACCGCAGAUCCACCCAAAGAUGUUAACGACGUGAAGAACGUCGAGGAGAAGUUCAGCAACGGCGCCGCGGCCAGCACCAAUCUUCUAGUCAAGAACAACGACAUUGCGAAACCACAGAAUACAUAUGAUUACGCCAACGGUGAAAAGGCCGAUAACGCCGCCUCGUCUUUGCUGGACAAGGAUGACGUGAUCCAACCGCGGUACGGCAACACCGAGAUCAAUCAGUUCUUCAUCGUGCUGAAAAGGGCGUUGCUGUUCAGCAAAAGAGAUUGGACUUUGAUGUACCUGCGUCUCUUUGCGCACAUCCUCGUCGGUCUGCUGAUCGGCGCCCUCUACUACGACAUCGGCAACGACGGAGCGAAAGUGCUCAGCAACUUGGGUUUCCUCUUCUUCAACAUGCUCUUCCUCAUGUACACCUCUAUGACCAUCACGAUCCUCUCGUUCCCGCUGGAGAUGCCCGUACUGUUGAAGGAGAACUUUAAUCGAUGGUACUCGCUGCGAUCGUACUACCUGGCCAUCACCUGCUCGGACAUGCCCUUCCAGACGAUCUUCUGCGUCAUCUACGUGACGAUAGUGUACUUUAUGACGUCGCAACCGAUGGAGUACAGCCGUUUCGGGAUGUUCCUCGGCGCCUGCCUUCUAGUGUCGUUCGUCGCGCAGAGCGUCGGUCUCGUCGUCGGUGCAGCAAUGAACGUGCAAAACGGCGUGUUCUUAGCGCCGGUGAUGUCCGUACCGUUCCUGCUCUUCUCCGGCUUCUUCGUCUCCUUCGACGCCAUACCCAUAUACCUGCGCUGGAUCACGUACCUCUCGUACAUCAGGUACGGCUUCGAAGGUACAGCGCUGGCAACUUACUCCUUCGACAGGCCAAAGUUGAAAUGUUCCGUCCCCUAUUGCCACUUCAAAUCACCGAUGACCACGCUCGAGGAACUCGACAUGGUCGACUCCGAUUACACGAUCGACAUCGUCGCCCUCGUCGUCAUCUUCUUCGUCCUCAGGAUCGCCGCCUUCCUCUUCCUGCGCUGGAAGCUGAAGAGCAAUCGCUAAGCUAAGAACAACACCAACAACACAAUUUUAAUAUUACUUUUUCUCCAUAGGUUUAUCUAUUCUAAUAAUUGUUGUUUGUUUACUGGUAAGGAUAUAAAAUACGUAAAUCUGCAUACGAAACAAAAACAAAAACUCUCUUGUUUGGGGGAGGAAAAGCAUCGACACAAUCUUGUCCUUGUACAUACACACAAACAGAAACACAUUUUAUAUAAAAUUAUUAUUAAUAUUAUUACCUAAAAAAAAUAUAUAUAUAAAUAUUUACAUAGAAAGUAAAAGAUGUGAUAGAGUUUAGACAUAUUUUAUAUACUAUAUACAUUACGACGUAACCACGACAAUGUUGUUUCUUCUUCUUAUAUUAUUACUAUUAUUGUUUUCUCUCUUUGAUGCAGGCAUCUUUUAUAUUUGCUCUUCUUAAUGACAAUCGGUCGUCCUUUUUUAUUCGCAAUUCAUUUAUUAUGUUUAUUAUUAUUAUUUUGUUUUGUUCUCUUAUUGACUGGGGCUGUGAUUGACAAAUAACGUGUAUAAAUAUAAUAUUAUAUAUACAUA